CCUGCAAAGUCCUCACUCCAUCGCCCUCCGUCGUCAUCCAUCAGCCCAUCUUCGUUCUUGCAGCUUCGUUCUCGCAGACCAUCCAGUGUAUCAAGCACCAUGGCAGUCAUGAGCCGAAUCGUUCAGAUUCUCUGCGUUUCUCUGCUUGCAACCUCGACAUUCGCAGCUCCAGCUCCCGAAAGAGCUAGCCUCGAACGAGGUACCAUCUCUCGAGUCGAAGUCCGUGAAAUUGUCGAGCAUGUCGAUGAGAAACUCAUCCAGAGCCUUGCUGACAAGUUACGAACUGCUCGGCCGGACCUUAAAGACCGGGAUUUUGCCAUUGCCAAUGGUUUGAGUUUUGUGAAACGGCAGGAGGCUUCGCCUGGCGCGAGCGAUACAGUCACCGACUCACCAACUUCAACUGAGUCCACCGAGACCUCUGAUCCUACUUCUACCUCGGAUACGGAAACUUCCACCGAUACUGAGCCUACAUCGUCAGAGCCGACGUCGACAGAUACUACUGUCACAAGCACCUCAUCGAGUUCGGAACCCACAAGUACGGAUACUGAUACUACAACUUCUUCUGAUACUUCAUCGUCCGCAACUACCUCGGAGACCUCGGCGACCACCACAUCUGACACGCCCACCUCUACAACCGAAGGCGAGACGAGCACCUCUUCGACUGACGAGCGCACUUCCACCUCAACGUCUUCUGAAUCGACAGAGACAAGCUCUUCAACCUCUUCAGACGAGCCCACUACGACCUUCUCUACCACCUCUGCUUCCGAAGUCACGUCCACCUACACGAGAACGUCGACCAACGCUGAAGGCGAGCUCGUCACAGUCACUGAAACAGCCAUUGUCCAUCCGACGCAAUCGUCCACCGACGAAGCCACCACGACGGGUCCCGAGCCGGGGCUGCAGACAAACGGCGCUGCCUCCGCUUUCGCUAAAGAGCUGUUUGCCAUGAUGGGCGGUGCAGCACUCGCAGUUGCCGUUGUCUAA